GAAGAGAAAUUGGGUCGUAAAAUUUAUCAAACUACCGACGGCGGAGCAUGAAUUUUAAUGACCAUAACUCGACUCGUUUUAUGAAUUCGAGACUUCUGAAUUGAUAAAUUUAUUUGCUAUUUUCGGAACAUUUUCAUUUUGUGAAUGAGGAGGUGAAAGUUGAAAAUUGAAAAUGACUUAUAAUUAUCACUAUGAUUUGGCUACUUCUCAAAGAAAAGUAAUUCUCAAAUUAAUAUUCAAAUGGAAAGGCUCACUGUGGAAAGCAAUUUAUUUAGAUUUGAUAGUAUGGUGUUUCUGUUAUGCAUUCAUUUCCGUCAUCUAUCGAUAUGCACUUGACCGUAGUCAACAGGACACAUUUGAGAGGUUCAUGCAGUUCUGCAAUCGACGUCUAGACUAUAUCCCAAUCAAUUUCAUGUUAGGAUUUUUUGUGACAACUGUUAUCAACAGGUGGAUGACACAAUUCGCAAAUUUAGGAAUGAUUGACAACAUUGCAUUGUUCACUUCAAUGUAUCUGUCUGGAAAUGAUGAACGAGGGCGGAUAUUGAGAAGAAGUAUUGUUAGAAUGUGCGUGAUGUCGCAGACAAUGGUAUUCCGUGAUAUUCAUAUCGGAGUUCGAAAACGUUUUCCAACAUUGGAGACCAUGGUGGCCGCUGGUAUUAUGACCUCAUCGGAGCUGAAAAAAUAUAAUGAAGUUGAGAGCAGAUAUGCAAAAUAUUGGCUAGGUUUCAAUUGGACAUUCAAUUUGUUAAACGAAGCGAGAAGAGAAGGAAGAAUCGAAAGUGCAUACACACAAAAUGCUAUCGCAGAGGAAAUCCGAACAUUUAGAAGUGGUCUUUCGCUAAUUUGGACUUAUGAUUGGGUCCCAAUUCCAUUGAUGUAUCCGCAACUUGUGUUUAUGGCAAUUCACUGUUAUUAUUUGGUUUGCCUAGUUUCGAGACAAUUUGUUAUAAAUUCGGAUGCAGUAAAUACAACAGAAAUUGAUUUGGGAGUUCCGUUUAUGACAAUUAUUGAAUUUAUUUUCUAUAUGGGAUGGUUGAAGGUGGCGAUGGAUCUAUUGAAUCCAUUUGGAGAAGAUGAAGAUGAUUUUGAUUGUAAUUUUUUAAUUGAUCGUAAUUUGACUGUUGCAAUGGGAAUUGUUGAUGAUUCACAUGAUGAUGGACCAAUUUUGGAGAAGGAUAUGUUCUGGAAUGAUACAGUAUCCCCUCUUUAUUCAAGUGCUGCUGCACAAAGAAAUGUCAAUUUCUACUUUGGAAGUGCAACCAAUGCAGAUGCCCAAAUACCGGAUGACGUUCGUCAAAUCACAAUGAUUCCUCAUCCAUUAAAUGAAAAACUAGAUCAAAUGUACGGAAAACGAACAAACCGACCGCCUGUACAAAGUGUGGUUGAAUUAAAAAGAGAUCAGAGGUUUUCCACUGGAAAUAAUCGAAAACAGACAUUGGAAGCAAAGUUUUCAAAUAAACUUGGAGCUAUGUUCCAGAAGAGACACUCUAAAUCUCUAACAUUUACACCUGAAUCCAGCACAAAAGCUCGUGCUUCAACAGACAUCGAAACUGUUUCUACAUUUGAAAAUACACAGAAACCAUGUUACAGUAAUCCAGAUUGUAUCGUGGAAGUUGAUGAAGAAUCUCAAGAUAUUCCAAAAGUAACAGAAGAGCCAAAACAGGAACCGCCUAGAAAACGGGUCAAUAUUUCCAAUAAGCGAGAGAGUGUGAUUUCAAUGGGAAGAUCAAGAUCAUUCAAUCACUUUGGAGAACAUUCUGAUUAUCACGAUUAUUAUGAUUUUGAUAAGCAAUAGUUCACAUUUUGAUAUUUUUAAAAAGCUAUACUUCUUCAUAACUUUGGCACAAGUGCUUUCUUGGAUUUUUGAUUCUGUAAAUAACUAUGUACAAAUACAAAAAAAAAAUUUUUUUAAUUUUUUGUCAUUUACAGUGUUUCUUUCUUUUAAACAUUUAGCCCUGUAUGCAAAACAAACAAAAAAUAUUGAAUGAAGAAUAGUUUAUUUUC